AUAAAACUAAGUUUGAUUUUCUUUAUGAUCUACUUAGUGAAUUCUAGCCCACCUGAAGAUCCCAUAAAAAGUUCAUACGACACAAAUUUUAAUUGCACCAUUACAAACACUUAUGGCGCGUUCCCAGAUCGAACCAUUUGCAAGGCAGCUGAAGCUGUUUUUCCAACCACAGAAGAAGAAGUCAUUUCUAUAGUAGCAAAUGCAACAAGGGAAAAUCGAAAAAUGAAAAUCGCAACUCGAUUUUCUCAUAGCAUACCCAAAUUGGUAUGUCUAGACAAUGGUGAUCAAGACGGGUUACUUAUAAGUACAAAAUUCCUAAAUAAAAUCAUAAGAAUCGAUGAAGAAAACAUGAUGAUCACUGUUGAAAGUGGGGUGACAUUGAGACAACUAAUUAGUGAGGCGGGUAAAGCAGGUUUGGUCCUGCCUUACACGCCUUACUGGUGGGGUUUAACGAUUGGUGGCUUAAUUGGAACCGGAGCUCAUGGAAGUUCUCUCUGGGGUUUGGGAAGUUCUGUACAUGAUUAUAUUGUACAACUUCGAAUUGUUACACCAGCUGAUGCGGCAAAUAAUUAUGCUAAAGUCCAUAUAUUGGAAAAUGGUAGCCCCGACUUGAAUGCUGUUAGAGUGUCACUAGGUGUUCUUGGAGUUGUUUCACAGGUGACACUAAAACUAGAACGAGUGUUCAAACGUUCAAUUACCUUUUCUGAAAGGGAUGACUCAAACUUAGGGGAAGAUGCAGUUACCUUUGGGAGACAACAUGAAUUUGCUGAUUUUACGUGGUAUCCGAGUCAACGCAAGGUUAUUUAUAGGAUCGAUGAUCGAGUUCCUAACGGCACUCCUGGCAAUGCCCUUAAUGACUUCCUUGGAUUUCGCCCUACAGAUCAAAACUUACUCGCCAUUUUCAGAACCCUAGAGGAGAUACAAGAAUCAACAAAUGAUGCUGGUGGAAAAUGCGCAGUUGCAAUAAUAAACACUUCCAUAUUGAAGUAUCUUACUUAUGGGUGGAGAAACAAUGGUACUGGCUAUCCAAUGGUUGGGUUUCAAAACCAAGUCCAAGCAUCAGGAACAUGCCUAGACAGUCUUGAAGGUGCAACAUGCCCUUGGGACCAUAGAGUUAAAGGUCUAUUUUUUCACCAAACAACAUUUACCAUUAGCUUAUCAAAAGUCAAAGGUUUCAUUGAAGAUGUCCAAAGGCUAGUUGCUUUAGAGCCUAAGGCACUAUGUGUCCUUGACUUAUACAAUGGAAUCCUCAUGAGGUAUGUUACAACUUCAAAUGCUUACUNCUUGUUUGGUAGUGAUCUGUUUCUAAAUCUACAGGAAUCCUUUCGUCUUUUACUUGUCUCUGCUAUUGUACUAAAACUUGCUGGCAGAAUUCUUACACUUUUUGGUAAACUGUCAACCAUCAACGGAUUUGAUGAGUCUUUACCCUCUACCGUUUGA